AGCCCGGAGCCCGCGGGGACGAGGCCAAAGUUGGGCGCGCCGCGGAGUUGCGCCCGGGGCCCCGCGUCCCCGCGCCCCGCGAACUCCGGCGGCGGCUGAGACGAAGGCUACGGCGGCCCGAGCAGCAUGCCGAGGAGGAAGCAGCAGGCCCCCCGGCGCUCGGCAGCUUAUGUUCCCGAGGAAGAAUUGAAGGCAGCAGAAAUAGAUGAAGAAAACGUGGAGGAGGAUGGGCUGUCCCUGGACAUUCAGGAAGGUGACUACGUGGGCGGCGACGAAGCCGAGAUCAAAGAGGCCCCGAGCUACCAGGACUCCCCCAUCAGCACGGCCACCAACCAGGACGCCGGCUACGGGUCGCCUUUCAGUGAAAACAGUGACCAGCUCGCCCAUUUCAAAAGCUCCUCCUCCAGAGAAGACAAAGAGGACCCACAGGGUCCAGACAGCGCCUCCUCCUACCCCCAGGACAGCUUGGCACAAAUCAAGGCCGUCUACGCGAACUUAUUCUCAGAGUCCUGCUGGUCCAGCUUGGCACUGGAUUUAAAGAAGUCCAGUUCGACCACCAGCAGCAACGAUGUGGGCCCCAAGGAGAGCUCCACCCCCACCCCCACGCCCCCCGCCACAACGACGGUGGGGACCACCGGCACCACCGCCAGCACACCCAGCUCCAGCUCCAGCUCCAGCACCAGCUCCAGCACCAGCACCAGCACCAGCAGCAGCGGUGGCUCGGGCUACGACUGGCAUCAGGCCGCGCUGGCCAAGACGCUGCAGCAGACGUCCACGUACGGGCUGCUGCCUGAGCCCAGCCUGUUCAGCACUGUGCAGCUCUACAGGCAGAACAACAAGCUGUAUGGCUCGGUGUUCACGGGCGCCAGCAAGUUCCGCUGCAAGGACUGCAGCGCCGCCUAUGACACGCUGGUGGAGCUGACGGUGCACAUGAACGAGACGGGCCACUACCGCGAUGACAACAGGGACAAGGACUCCGAGAAGACCAAGCGGUGGUCCAAGCCCAGGAAGCGCUCCCUGAUGGAAAUGGAAGGGAAGGAGGACGCCCAGAAGGUGCUCAAGUGCAUGUACUGUGGCCACUCCUUCGAGUCCCUACAAGACCUGAGCGUCCACAUGAUCAAGACUAAGCAUUACCAGAAAGUGCCUCUGAAGGAGCCAGUACCAGCCAUCACCAAACUGGUCCCUUCCACAAAAAAGCGAGCCCUUCAGGACCUGGCGUCCCCGUGCUCCCCCGAGCCAGCGGGGGUCGCCACAGAGGCCGCUCUGAGUGAGUCAGCCAAGGACCAGAAGACCGCCAACCCCUACGUGACACCCAACAACCGCUACGGCUACCAGAACGGCGCCAGUUACACCUGGCAGUUUGAGGCCCGCAAAGCGCAGAUCCUCAAGUGCAUGGAGUGCGGCAGCUCCCACGACACCUUGCAGCAGCUCACCGCCCACAUGAUGGUCACUGGCCACUUCCUGAAGGUGACCACUUCCGCCUCCAAGAAGGGGAAGCAGCUGGUGCUGGACCCUGUGGUGGAGGAGAAGAUCCAGUCCAUCCCUCUGCCCCCCACCACGCACACCCGGCUCCCCACCCCCCACGUCAAAAAGCAGCCCGACUCGCCGGCAGGGUCCACGACCUCCGACGAGAAAAAGGAGCCAGACAAGGAGAAGGCACCAGUCGCAGGUGACACGGAGAAGAAGAUCAAGGAGGAGAGCGAGGACGCCUCCGAGAAGUUUGAGCCCACCACGCUCUAUCAGUACCUCCGCGAGGAGGACCUGGACGACAGCCCCAAGGGCGGGGUGGACAUCCUGAAGUCCCUGGAGAACACGGUCUCCACAGCCAUCAGCAAAGCCCAGAACGGCGCGCCCUCGUGGGGCGGCUACCCCAGCAUCCAUGCGGCCUACCAGCUGCCGGGCGCCGUGAAGCCGCUGCCGGCCGUGCAGAGCGUGCAGAUGCAGCCGUCAUAUGCUGGCAGCGUGAAGUCGCUGUCCUCGGAGCACAACGCGCUGCUGCACUCCCCGGGGAGCCUCACGCCGCCGCCCCACAAGAGCAACGUGUCGGCCAUGGAGGAACUGGUAGAGAAGGUCACGGGCAAGGUCAACGUGAAGAAGGAGGAGAGGCCCGUGGAGAAGGAGAAGGGCUCACCGGCCAAGGCCAUGUCCCCUGUGGCCAAAGAGAAUAAGGAUUUCCCAAGGACGGAGGACAGCAGCAGCAAAACCCAGCAGAAGAAGGGCCCGGAGGUGGAGGCGGGCAAGGCCAAGAAGGAGGGUGCAGGGGAGGCCCACACCCCCAAUGGCACGGAGCCGCUCAAAGCCAAAGUCACCAACGGCUGCAGCAGCCUGGGCAUCAUCACGGACCACUCGCCGGAGCCAUCGUUCAUUAGCCCUCUGAGCGCGCUGCAGUCCAUCAUGAACACACACCUGGGCAAAGUGUCCAAGCCCGUGAGCCCCUCGCUGGACCCGCUGGCUAUGCUGUACAAAAUCAGCAACAGCAUGCUGGACAAGCCCAUCUACCCCGCCACCCCCGCCAAGCAGGCCGACGCCAUUGACCGCUACUACUACGAGAACAGCGACCAGCCCAUCGACCUGACCAAGGCCAAGAACAAGCCCCUGGCCUCCGGCGUGGCCGACACGGUCUCCUCGCCCCUGCGGGAGAGCGCGCUCAUGGACAUCUCCGACAUGGUGAAGAACCUCACGGGCCGGCUCACCCCCAAGUCCUCCACGCCCUCCACGGUGUCCGAGAAGUCAGAUGCCGACGCCAGCAGCUUCGAGGAGGCGCUGGACGAGCUGUCGCCUGUUCACAAGCGGAAGGGCCGCCAGUCCAACUGGAACCCCCAGCACCUGCUCAUCCUGCAGGCCCAGUUCGCCUCCAGCCUGCGGGAGACGCCCGAGGGGAAGUACAUCCUGUCGGACCUGGGCCCGCAGGAGCGGGUGCACAUCUCCAAGUUCACGGGGCUCUCCAUGACCACCAUCAGCCACUGGCUGGCCAAUGUCAAGUACCAGCUGAGGAGGACAGGCGGGACCAAGUUCCUGAAGAACCUGGACACAGGGCACCCUGUGUUCUUCUGCAACGAUUGUGCCUCUCAGUUCAGAACUGCGCCCACGUACAUCAGUCACCUAGAGACGCACCUGGGCUUCAGCCUGAAGGACCUCUCCAAGCUGCCCCUCACCCAGAUUCAGGACCAGCAGAGUGUCUCAAAGGUCCUGGCCAACAAGGCCGUGGGCCCGGUGGGGGCUGCCGAGGACGAUCUGGGCUCCACAUUCCAGUGUAAGCUGUGCAACCGGACUUUUGCGAGCAAACACGCAGUCAAACUGCACCUUAGCAAGACCCACGGCAAGUCCCCGGAGGACCACCUGAUCUACGUGACAGAGUUGGAGAAACAGUAGCGGCCAGGUACGCGAGGGACCCCACCCGGCACAUUGCACUAAACGUCUUCACACUGCACUAGGCCCGGCCUGAGCCUCCAAAAUCAGCCUUCCUUGGUUGCCGAACGGCCUGUCUGGACCUCGGUUUUUCUUACACACAUUUUGUAGCUAUAUUUAUAUGCUCUUUGUCUGAUUGCGCAUGUCAUUUUUCUUUUUCCGUGAGUCAAAGUCUGACCUUUAUUUUCAACAUCUGUUCUUGAUGUUAAGCUAUCUUUUGUAGGAAAUGAUGGGGCACACUACUCAGAGACACCAACUUAGCAGGAAAGAAAGACACAAAUAACAAUGAUAAAAAGACAUCCUAAACAUUACAAAGUUGCCAUGACAAUAAAGGUCAUAGGACCUAGUGGUGUCAAAUUUAACCCUUUGAGGACUGUAAUUGCAUCUCUGUGCCUUUCACUCCAAAAAAAAAAAAAAAAAAAAAAAAGAAAAGAAACAAAAAAGCUUAAAGGCAUUUCAUUCAGAUCAAAAGCUGUGUCAGACACAAAACUUAUUUAAUAAUUAAAAAAUGAGCUUUUAUAUGCAGACUGGUUUGUGAAGGGAACAUGCAUGCCGCUGUUGGAAGACAGAAGUUGUCUAGGACUUGCGGGGUUAGGAAGCCACAACGUCACACGUUCAAAACAAAAAACUAACAACAAACACCCCAGUUGCCACUAUGCCCAAACCCUCUGGAUGCUGAAGAAAAUGCCACUUUUGGCAAAAAAAAAAAAAAAGAAAAAAAAAAGAAAAAAAAGUAUGCAAGCUAUUAUUUAAAACAUGUAAAAAUGCUAUUUCUUUUUUUCCUGUAAAAUACUGCAGUUUAUAGUUAUUUACAAAUGUAAGCUUUGGUACAAGCUGACCUUUCUAUAGCGCGCUGCAUCGAUAAAUGGAAAAAAAAAUGGGGCAAAUGUCGGAGUACUUCCCUUAUAAAUUGGCAGCAUCCGCUUAAAAACUCCUCUCUCCUACCAUCCCAAAUGGUUACCUAUCCUACCAUUUUAACCUAUCCGACUUUCUUUGUACCUUCUGGCUGUAUGCUUUCUCUUUUAACUUUUUAUAUUGUCAUUUUAUAUUAAAUUUCUGUGUAUAUAAUGUAAAACCACGAUUUUUGAAUAAAAAUUAGUUCCUGCAGCUUGAUUUAAAUAGAGAAAUUUUACUGGCAUUUGCAUCUCUCCAGAUGCAUGUAUAUCAGACAAAAAAUAAAUAAAUGAAGACAAAGCAAGGCACUAUUAAUUAUACGUUUGAUGUUCUGUCAUUAAUAUUGUACAGUACAUUUGGGUUCACACAAUUAAAUCCACUGUUUUCUCAACUGUAAAAUAAAUCCUCACGCCGUUCUUGGUUUA